AUGUUUCAACAAGCUCGGGUGGUUUCAGGCUCCAGUCAUGAUCAAGCCUCAUACAAGCCCCGUCCUCAUGAUGCAUCAACACCACCAUCACUCGUGUUCUAUUUGAAUGAUAUCUUGUAUCACAUCUUUUCAUAUUCUUUAUUACCAAUUGUUCAAUUCCGAUACUCGUUGGUUUGCAAACAUUGGUAUGAAUUUUCGAAUAGUUCUCUCUUUUACAAGAAUUAUCAAAAGGAUUUUGGAGGGCUUGGAGGAUCAUUAGUGAAUCCCAAACACUCAGACAUCAAGAAAUAUUUAUUCGAUUGGGUGGAAUUUGUGGAACAUUUGUAUCCACAAGAGUACAACACCAUGCAACUCAUGCGACCAUCCAUGUCGAUUGAAGACUUCUCAAAAUUGUCAAACUCUGAAAUUGAACUCAAAUUUACAAAACCUUUUCAAGAAAAAUUCUUUCAAGAUUAUUGGAGGACCAUCAAACGCUCCAAGUUAAUUACGAUGGAUAAUGGAUCUGGAAAGAGAGUGAGUUUUUUUACAUUCACUCAUGGCAGUGAUGUCAUUCACUUUGCAUUUGUGGAUAGCAACGGUGAUUUGUUAAAUAUUGAUUCAAAAUUUGCAAAUGCCAAACAACACAAACAAUGUUAUUUGUAUUAUGAACAUUAUACGGAUAGUUUGGGUAUUUCAGAGACAGAUAUUUCCAUAGAAGGGUCUGACUGGUUUUGUAACCAAUUCAAACCGUAUGUGAAUGUAUUGGGAAGAGGAUUGUUCCUCUCCAUGAUGGAAUUUGUUUGCUUGUUUGGUGUGAAACCAUUCAAAACUACAAAAAAAUCAAGCAAUUCGCCCCAUCAACCUUGUUACAUGUAUGAAAUGAGGACAAAUAUUAGUUUGAGUGCUCUCAAAGACAAACCUCACCCCAUGCGAAAACAAGCUCAUCACAUUCAUCACAAGCUCCUUUCCAACUCAAAUUCUCUCCUUCAAAAAGCUUUGGUUAAAAAAGAUUCCCAUUGGUGGUAUCGCCUGUUAAACGCUGGCUAUACCAUUCCUGUGACAAGCCUGGAAACUCUCGCUUUUGACCAUCAUUUCGACAGUGAACAUGUACAAUUUUUCUAUGCUUAUUGUGACAAACAUGAUUUGAAACAAGUAGCAAUGCAAGUGACACGUGCUCGUGUUGUCUCACUUCUGUCGAAAGGAAAAUCUUUUAUUGAACAAUUGUGUAGUGGUUUCGACCGUUUUGGACUGUCAGAUUAUUUUCCUCGAGAAGUAUGUUCCACUGUAUUGUGUGAUCAAGCAACUGGAAUUCCAAAUUAUGAUUUGAUUGAUUGUUUGAAAAUGAACAUUCGAAAUGAUUUUUAUUGUCCCUUUGAUUUGAGGAAUGUUCAUGAGAAACAAGAGAUAACUGUUAAGGCAGACGCUACACGAAUAUUGUUUCUCUUCGAAUCUGAAAAAUCUCAACAAGAAUUUUCUCAAGUACUCCCACAGAGUAAUCCUCUCCUUUCCAAGGCACAAGUUGAAUAUCGGUAUUUGAGUCCACAACUUCUUCAAAACAAAGACAUGAUAUGGAAACAAUCAAAAUCGAAUGGUGUGACAACUGAUAUUGCUUGUUAUUGCGUGAAUACCAUUACCAAAUACAUUCGAGCAAUGGAAACUCAUGUUCGAGUGUUGAAAUUAUUGAAAAAUUCUAAGGAAGGAGGGUUACUAUUGCUCUUUAUUUUCAAACAAUGCCAAAUGAAUCCUACGAAAUUUAAUGACCUUUUUGGAGGUUUAGGUGAAGAUGUGAAAAUGUUGUGGUUACCAGACGAGACUUUCAUGUUAGAGCGAUUCAACUCGGCCAUCUUUCAAUGA